CUUUUGGUAUACAUCAUGAACCCUAACCAGAAUGUUUGUUUUUCAGAAAUCCAGCAUUUAUUUUAUAGUAAAGAAAAUGACUGGGGGUUCUCACACUUCAUGCCAUGGAAUGAUGUCCUUGACCCAGAAAAGGGUUACAUCAAAGACGACACUAUCACAUUAGAGGUUUGGGUGUCAGCUGAUGCACCUCAUGGUGUAUCGUGGGACAGUAAAAAACACACAGGCUAUGUGGGGCUAAAGAACCAGGGUGCAACUUGUUACAUGAAUUCUCUCCUCCAAGUACUGUACUUCACAAGUCAGCUAAGAAUGGCUGUGUACAAGAUGCCAACGGAGAGUGACGACUCGACCAAAAGUGUGGCAUUAGCACUACAACGGGUCUUUCACGAGUUGCAGACGAGUGACAAACCAGUCGGCACUAAGAAAUUGACCAAGUCCUUCGGCUGGGAAACGCUUGAUUCCUUCAUGCAGCAUGAUGCUCAAGAGUUCCUAAGAGUGCUGCUUGACAAAUUAGAAACGAAAAUGAAGGGAACCUGUGUUGAAGGAGUGAUUCCAAGGCUCUUUGAAGGCAAGACAGUGUCUUACUUCAAAUGUAAACAUGUAGACUACACUUCGUCAAGAACGGAGACCUUUUAUGACAUCCAGCUUAAUAUAAAAGGAAAGAAAAACAUUCUAGAAUCUUUUAAAGACUACAUUAGUGUAGAAACGCUGGAAGGUGACAAUAAAUAUGAUGCUGGUGAACAUGGUCUUCAAGAAGCAGACAAAGGUGUCAUAUUCCAGAGCUUUCCCCCGGUUCUUCAUCUCCAUCUGAUGAGGUUUCAGUAUGACCCCAUCACAGACUCAAAUGUCAAGAUAAAUGAUAGAUAUGAGUUCCCAGAAAAGUUAAAUAUGGACCAAUUUCUUCAAAAACCUGAAUCAACUCCAGCUACAUAUGUGCUCCACGCCGUCCUAGUACACUCAGGGGACAACCAUGGCGGCCAUUAUGUUGUAUUCAUCAAUCCAAAAGGGGAUGGUAGGUGGUGCAAAUUUGACGACGAUGUAGUAUCAAGAUGCAGCAAGCAAGAAGCCAUUGACCACAACUUUGGUGGUCAUGAGGAUGACCUCAACCUUACGGUGAAGCACUGUACAAAUGCUUAUAUGUUGGUGUACAUAAGAGAGUCGUGCCUGAAGACAGUGCUUCAGGAGGUAACGGAGGAAGAUAUACCGCAGGAGCUCAUAGAUCGACUACAGGAGGAAAAGCGGGUCGAGAUGAUCCGCAGGAAGGAACGCAAUGAAGCCCACCUCUACAUGAGCGUUCAGGUUGUUUUAGAGGAUGCAUUUUCUGGGCAUCAAGGUAAUGAUCUCUACGACCCAGACAAGGUCAACUACCGAACAUUCCGGGUGAAAAAGUCAGCCACACUCCAAGAGUUCCUAGAACAAGUGGCUGAGAGCCUUAAAUAUCCAGUAGAGCAAAUCCGACCAUGGCCACUAAAUCUCCGGACCAACCAGACCAACAGACCGACGCUCUUAGACCUUGAAACAGAACUCCACAAACCUUUAUCAGAGAUAAGUGAUAACAGUAACCCAUGGACGGUAUUCAUGGAGACAGUGCCUCCAGACUCGGGCCUGAAGGCUCUCACUGCCUUUGACAAAGACUCAGAUGUUCUUCUUUUCUUCAAAUACUAUGACCCACGACACAAACGCUUACAUUAUUGUGGACACCAUUAUAUGCACAUCUCAUUUAAUGUCCAGGAGUUGGUACCGCUGUUGAACGAACGUGCAGGACUGCCACUGAGCACAGAACUGGCGCUCUUUGAGGAGAUCAAGCCCAACUUGGUGGAGCGGCUGGCUGACCUUGACCGCCCAUUAGAGAAGGUGUUAGAUGAACUGAUGGACGGUGACAUCAUAGUGUUCCAGCGAGACGACCUUCUGGACGAUCCCAGCCUUGAGCUUCCGUCCUGCCGCGACUACUUUAGGGACCUCUUCUUCCGGGUGGAGGUUACAUUCUGUGAUAAGACAGUUCCCACGGACCCAGGGUUCACCAUGGAGCUGUCCCAAAGGAUGAAUUAUGAUCAGAUGGCCAGAGCCGUUGCUCAUCGUCUCGAUACUGACCCGUACCUGUUACAGUUUUUCAAGUCACAGAGUUACCGAGAUGGGCCAGGCAACCCAGUGAGAUGCACCUACGAGGGAACCCUCAAGGAUAUGCUAGUCUGCAUGAAGCCCCGGCACCCUAAAAAAAUAUACUACCAGCAACUUAGUAUUAAGAUUAAUGAAUUAGAAAAUAAGAGGCAAUUCAAGUGUAUGUGGCUUGGAGAACGUAUGAAAGAGGAGCAAGAGUUAGUCCUGUAUCCAAAUAAGAAUGGCACAGUGGCAGACUUGCUACAUGAGGCCAGAAAACAAGUCACAUUAUCUGAAAAUGGAUCUGGGAAACUGAGGCUUGUAGAUAUUUCCUCGUACAAGAUCGCCUCGACGCCACCGGAGUCCAUGAGUCUAGAUGCGCUAAGUACGGCAGGAACGAGAUCGUAUCGCAUUGAAGAAAUUCCCCCCGAGGACCUUCAUGUCGCUGAGGAUGAGAUGCUCAUACAAGUGGCACAUUUCCACAAGGAGAUAUUUUCUACUUUUGGUAUCCCGUUCCUCUUCAAGGUCAAGCAAGGAGAGCACUUCUCUCACGUGCGGGAUCGCAUCCAGAAGAAGCUGGAUGUACCAGACAAAGAAUAUGAAAAGUACCGGUUUGCUAUAGUUGUAAUGGGAAGACCAACAUUUAUCACAGAUGAUGAAGUAGUUAACCUACAGGAAUUCAAACCCCACCCUAACCAGACCUCCUUGCCUGCCAAGCCAUGGCUUGGACUGGAACACGUCAACAAAGCUCCCAAACGCUCCAGAUACAACUACUUAGAAAAACCCAUAAAGAUAUAUAAUUGAGGCAGAGGAUAACCAUAGGAACAUCAGAACAUUAAAAAGAGAAUUUACCAACCAGUAGGGAGAAAAAGAGGAAAAAAGAAGAGGGUGUUGACCUCCCUGUUCCCAUGUGUGGUGUUGGUGCCGUGUGCUGUUCUGCCUUGUGUGGAGCUGCCGGUUGACCAUCCCUGACCACCCCCUCCUCGCCUCUUCUCAUACACAAGCCUUCACAGUGGUGUGGGGCUGCCAUGUGCAUGUAACGUGGGGUGUCAGAGAGCAUGUGCGGAAGGUGAAUGUGGCUGUGUAGUGUAGCUAUAUGCACUUGUCAUGAAGCUUGACAGUUUGCUGUGUUCCAGAAAGGGGUACAAGUGGACACUGUCGGAGAUAAUGUGGUUUUCUUUUUUUAUUGUUAUUAUUUAUUUAUCUUUUAGAGAGAACAAACUACUAGAAUUUCAGCACGAUAUUGAAUGCUUCGUGAAACUAAUGAUAUAUACAGCUGCCAUGGCUGAAACUGAAGGCAUUUCUUAAUGGUUGUUGUCUGACAUUUUAAAUAGAUUGUGUAGGUAAUGAAUGUGCUUGAAGGCAUUAUUCGACUUGUAGCCACAAUGUUUUAUAAUUCUGUGAUAAGGUAGCUGCAUCCGUGGAGGUGAAUAAUGAUUAUGCAUUACACUGAACAGCUGCAUUGUAUUGCAAAUUACAAGUCAAAAGUUACAAGGUCAAGAGUUGUCACUUCUCGCCCUACAUUCACGAGAUCUCGCACGUCCUUUUUUAAGAACAUGAUAAACAGUAGUUCUGCAGGAGUGGGAUUCAGAAUGGCAAAAGGAAAGUUCGUAGGGCCGAUGCAUAAAUGAGGAUAUGAAGCAGUGGUUACAUUUGAUUUUUUACCGUUUGGUGGUGUUUCUGUGGUGUGACUUGCCGUGGUUAUGUAAUCGCAUUGUUUACAAAGCCUUGAAGAAAACAAAAAAAAGUAUCAACAAAGCUUGCCAGAAAAAGUUUUAUUUGAGGAACCAGAUUAUGCAACCUUUCAUAGCCUUGUGUAAUGUUCUACUUAGCCGGUAGGCAAGGAAUUGUCGUUCAGCUCUUCUAACCUCACUUUAAUGGAAUUAUUGGUCACUUACAAGGGGCAGCUUCAUGGAAUGCCUAUAUAAAUGUAUCUGUCAAGUCCUAUAUUCAACCCCAUGUAGCUUUAAUCACCUUGGGAAAAAAAGUAUUUCAUUAUAAUGUUAAUGUAACAUAUUUACUUUAACUUUAAACAAUGAAGAAAUUGUAGCUUAUCUCAUUUUAGGCACUAUGCUAGUUUCAGGGACAUAAUAGAAGUGAGUAUCCAAACUUUAACAGUGUUUUUACAGUGAAUGUAACAUUUUUUAUUUGUUUUGUGCAGAAUGAGGUACAUUUAACUCCAGAACCUCUCUAUUAUGCUCUGUAUGGGUUGUUUUGCUCUUAUUAUAAUCGUCUCAGUGACCCACAUAAUAAUAUGUGUCCAUCCUUAGGAACUUGUGGGAUUACCUUCGUAUUAUUUUAUUUUUUCCAGUGUACAGUAGUGCCUUAAUUUCAGUCUUUUGAGUAUUUUUUCCAGAGAGGAGACCUUUUUUUAUUUAUAUUGUUUUGUUAUUUUAAUGUGGUUAUUUAUCUGUAAAGACUUCACGCUUUUAAUAAAGCUAUCGUGUGUAUAGAGUCAAUACACAGCUGUAUCUACAUCUCUUUAAAAAAAAGAAAAAAAGGAAAAAAAAUCAAGAUGUAUAUUCCACAGUCACACACACCUCAUAGAGAGAGUAGGAAUGAGUAUGUGGUAGUCUUAUUCAAAAAGAAGGUACUGAGGCACUGCAACGGUGGAAAUGUGAAGGGCAGCACACCACACCACCACCACAUCACCAUCACCAUCACCAUCAUGUUAACACCACUGACACCCCUCCAACGAGUUAAUCCCCCUAACUUCCCCUCCCCUCCCCUCCCCUCCCCUCCCCAUUUCCCUUCCCCUGACCCUUCACUCCCUCCCCUUCCCUUUUCCAAAGACACCCCCCUCCAGCCCCUCCCUUUCAAGUCUCCCCUCCCCACCCUCCUCACCUUGCACCAUGACUGUGAUACUCCGGCAGUGAUCCAUUCUGUACCAGCUGCACUUUGGGUCUUCGUGUAAUGGAUCAGUCAAGUAAAUAAAAGGGAAAACUUCAACACACCAGUUUUAUGCAGCAUGAGAGAUGUACAGGUUUAGACUUAAAAAAAAAAAAAAAAAAAUUAAUACUUACAGAAUUUAUAAUGGAGUACCAUAUAAAAAAGAUUAUCCCCCACUAUCCCUCGUUUCAUUUUUUGAGAAUAUUUAAAUAAUUACAUGGUUAUUGAAAUUUCAUAUGACAGAUUUAAGGAGUCAAUGUUAUUAAGAAUAAAUACCGAAACCCCAGCUUAUUUAUACAGUUUCAUUAGUUUAUUUCUAAUACAUGACCGUAUUGUUGUAUAUUAGGAUUUUGUGACCACUGUGAAUGGUUGAGAGUAUUCUUGGUCACUAUGGAUGAUGCAUUUGAUUAAACAUGAUUUUUUUUUCUUUUUUUUUUCUGUACGGUGCCCCCUCCCCUUCCCCCAAGUGAAUUUUGUUAUUUAUUUAUUAUUUUUAAAAAUUUCUUUUACCAUUCUGAGUGCUGUUACCCACAUGUUGCAUUAUCACCUAAUUUGGUGCAUGGACAUGAGUCGGUAGUGUCAACUUGGCCCCCAUCCUCUUUUCUCAUGUGGGUGUAAGGGUUAGACCAACCCAUAGCUUGCCUGCAUUUUUAGUUUGUGUUGGGCAGCUGUGAGCACUGUUGGGGCACCUCAGGGCACCAGGGGGCACCACCUUCACCAUCACCACCGCAGGGAGGACCUCGGCACUAGGUCUUGAUUUUUCAUUUUUACCCUCCCUAUAUUUCUAGGCUUUCAUAUGCUGUACAGUUGAUGAAAUUAGUUUUAUUUACGGGUGUCCAUAUUACAGUUUUACAGAGAACAUGCUUUAUAUGCCCCCAUAGGAGAGCAGCAAAAUGAGUGAGUCUUUUGGUCAAAGGCGUACCAUUGCUUUCAUGGACACUUUUUAGCCAGACACAAUCUGUACUUCUGUUAAUAAAAGUAAAUCAAUCAUAAGUAAUAAUAACGUGUAAAAAGAUUCA